UCACAGCGCGCAACCUCCUCACGGCGCGACUGUUGGCUCACGCGUAAUAACUCGCCAAACGCGAACGUCUCUUUCUGAACGUCUCUUCAGUUGCAUCUGUACGCUUCGGAAUACGCACGCAAAAACAUUAGGAGGGAAGAAAAGUUAGUACGGACAUAAUCUGCUGGGAAGAGGCUGAUGAAACUAUGGGGGGAGUGUCUCACUCGUUCCAUCUUUGGAAACACUAGCACGGGCUUAGACAGCCGCUGGACCCGAACCGCUUCUGGAACUAUUUUACGCUGGCUGGGAAUAUAGUACAGCUUUACUGCGCUUUGGCGAGAUGAUGAUGAUGAUGAGGAUGAUGAUAGACGUCCUGAGACUUCAAGCGCUCGCGCUCCUGUGCGCGUUACCAACCACACUGGCAGCCAAUAACUAUCACUGCAACGGGCCGCUCGUCUCGCCUCUUCCCCCCACAUCGUUCCAGAGCUCAACGUCCUCCUCUGACAGCCAGUCGCCGUAUUUAGCCAAGCUUAACAGAAAAGACGGAGGAGGUGGCUGGGGUCCAGAACGGACAGACAGACAACGAUGGCUACAGGUGGAUCUGCGGGAAAGGGUCGAGGUCACAGCUGUGGCGACCCAAGGUCGUUUCGGAAGCCCUGAUUGGGUGACGAGCUACAUGCUGCUUUACAGCGACACGGGAAGAGCUUGGAAGCAGUUCAGACAAGAGGACAAUGUAGGGACGUUCCCAGGAAACACAAAUUCAGAUGGGAUUGUUCACCAUAAGCUCUCGCACUCCAUCAGAACACGGUUCCUACGGUUCGUGCCGUUGGACUGGAGUCCCGGGGGAUGGAUAGGCCUCAGAAUCGAGGUCUACGGUUGUGCAUACAAGUCAGACGUUGCCGACUUCAAUGGUAGGAGCUCUCUGCUGUACCGCUUCAAUCAGAAGUCCACCAGCACGGUAAAAGAUGUAAUCUCACUGCGGUUCAAGAGUCAGCGUGCGGAUGGGGUUCUUGUUCAUGGCGAAGGGCAACGGGGCGAUUACAUCACACUGGAGCUACAUAAGGGCAGACUGGCCUUACACAUUAAUCUGGACGAUGCUAAGACGCACGCUAGCAGUGGCCAUGUUUCUGUGUUUCUGGGUAGCCUACUGGACGACCAUCACUGGCACACCGUUUUGAUCGAGCGAUUUAACAAACAGAUUAACUUCACAGUAGACAAACUAACCAGACGAGUAAGGACGGGUGGUCUCGACGAUUCGCUGGAGGUCGAUUACGAGCUCAGCUUCGGAGGCAUCCCUCUACCUGGAAAGCCAGGCACAUUUUUACGGAAGAACUUCCAUGGAUGUAUGGAAAACCUUUAUUACAAUGGAGUCAACAUCAUUGACUUGGCCAAACGACGCAAACCUCAAAUCUACAGUGUGGGAAAUGUGACCUUUACCUGCUCAGAGCCACAGCUGGUUUCCGCCACCUUCCUGAGCUCCAGCAGCAGUUUCCUGUCACUUCCCGUGGACGGUGUGACGGACGGCACUGCGGAAGAGUUGUCGGUGACGUUCCAGUUCCGGACGUGGAACAGGGAGGGAAUGUUACUGUCGACCUGGUUAAGGAGAGAAACGGAGAGGCUCUUGCUGAUUCUUGUUAAUGGGCAACUGAGACUUACGCACCACAGAUCGGCACUGCAAAGCUCGGACAUAGUCAUCGGUCAGGCUCUGAGUGACGGCCAAUGGCACGCGGUGUCCAUUAGCGUGGGUGGACUGCAGGUGUCUCUCUCUGUGGACGAUGAGGCGACGUCCACCAUGCAGCUGAAAGAGAGCGCGCAGCCCGGGAAGAGCGUGUUAAUUGGAGGUUGCCCACCAACGUUAACCAAUCAGGGAUGUCGGAAUCCAACAGUGACCUAUCAAGGCUGCAUACGCUCCAUUAUCGUGAACAACCAUCCUAUCAACUUGUACCUGGUACAGCAAGGCCUGCUUGGAAACUACAGCAAGAUCCAGUUUGACAUCUGCGGCAUUCGCGACCGAUGUCUUCCCAGCUACUGCGAACAUGACGGGGAAUGCUCUCAGUCCUGGAACACGUUCUUCUGCGACUGCUCGGGAACCGGGUACACGGGAGCCACCUGUCAUAACUCCAUCUUUGAACCCUCCUGUGAGGCCCACAGGCUUACAGGAAGUGCCUCGGGCUUCUUCUCCAUCGAUCCUGAUGGAAGUGGACCGCUUAAAUCCACCGUCGUUUACUGCAACAUAACCGAUGACAAGGUUUGGACCGUAGUUAAGCACAACAGCACAGAGAUGGUACGAGUUCAAGGGUCGUCCCCCCAGAAGCCUCACGUGAGGACGCUAAACUACAGCGCGACUCUGGAGCAGCUCCGCACGCUCGUGGCCAGGUCUGAACAGUGCCAACAGGAAGUGAUGUAUCUGUGUAGGAAGUCCCGCCUCUUCAACACAUGGGAUGGGACGCCCUUGUCCUGGUGGCUGGAUCGGGCAGGCGAGAGAAGGACGUACUGGGGUGGAUUUCUCCCCGGGGUCCAGCAAUGCGCCUGCAGUCUGGAUGAGAACUGCAUCGACAUGAACCAUUUCUGCAACUGCGACGCUGACCGUAGCUCAUGGGAAAAUGACACAGGAGUUCUGUCCUACAAAGAACACUUACCAGUGACCGAGAUCUUGGUGGGCGACACAAAUCGUACGGGGUCAGAAGCGAUCUACAGGGUGGGAUCUCUCCAAUGCUACGGUGAUAGGUUCCUGUGGAAUUCUGCCUCCUUCUACCAGGAGUCCUCAUACCUGCACUUCCCGACGCUCCAGGCCGAGCUGAGUGCCGACAUCUCGCUCUAUUUCAAAACCACGGCUCCUUCAGGAGUCCUCCUGGAGAACCUGGGAGCGAAAGACUUCAUCAGACUGGAGCUCAGUGCGCCCUCUGUGGUGACCUUCACGUUUGACGUCGGAAACGGUCCUGUGGUCUUGACGGUAAAGUCUCACGUGCCGUUGAACGACAAGCAGUGGCAUUACGUUCGAGCGGAGAGGAACGUGAAGGAGGCGUCGCUGCAGGUAGACCAGCUGCCCUUGCGCUUCCUGGAAGCCCCUUUUGAAGGCCACACCCACCUUCAGCUCAACAGCCAGCUGUUUAUUGGAGGCACGUCCUCAAGACAAAGAGGGUUUCUGGGAUGUAUAAGGUCAUUAAACAUCAAUGGGAUGACCCUUGACCUCGAGGAACGGGCUAAAAUGACUCCAGGCGUCAGUUCAGGCUGCCCGGGACACUGCAGCAGCCAAAACAGCUUGUGUCACAACAGGGGAAAGUGUAUAGAGAAAAGCAGCGGCUACGUUUGUGACUGCACACAUUCGGCCUACGGAGGACCCAACUGCAAGAAAGAAGUUUCCGUGUCCUUUGAAAGCGGCUCGUCUGUGACCUACACCUUCCAGGAGCCUUUCUCUGUGAUGCGCAACCACAGUCGGCAGUCCUCUGCAAUCUACGCCCAGAACAGCAACUCGCGUGAGAGCGUCGCCUUCAGUUUCCUCACGACUCAGACGCCCGCCAUGCUUCUGACCGUCAACACCUACCAUCAGCAGUACAUGGCUGUUAUUCUGGCACACAAUGGGAGUUUGCAGAUCUGGUAUCGGCUGAACAGGGAGAAAGAGCCGGACGUCUUCACGCCGGCGUCUGUUAACCUGGCCAACGGACAGCUCCAUCGAGUGCAGAUCCAUAGAGAGGGAAAGGACAUGUAUGUUCAGAUUGAUAGAGAUACCAGUGUAAAAUACAGCCUGUCAACGGACAAAGAGUUGGUCACGAUAAGAUCUUUGACAUUGGGGAAAGUCACAGGCAGAGCUGGUCUAGAUGAGGAAGUGCUUCAAGCCGGAUCGAGAGGUUUCAUUGGCUGUCUUUCAUCGGUUCAAUUUAAUCAUUUGGCACCCCUCAAGGCAGCCAUUCUGAAUCGAGGAAGCUCAUUAGUCAGCGUCCUCGGUAAUCUGGUCGAGUCGAACUGUGGCGAGCUGGCGGAUAAAUCUUCAUCCAGAUCUUUAUCAGAUCAUGCAGACACUGGAAAAAAUCUUCCAAACGCCGGACAAAAUGACUCGGCUGUAAUCGGAGGUUUGAUAGCAGCAGUAGUUCUCAUUACCCUCUGCGGUGUGGCCGUGAUGACCCGCUUCCUCUACCGCCAUCGACACGACCGUACCCGGCAGAUGGCUACGGUCAAGGAGAAAGAUCACCAACCCAGGCCAGAACACAGGUACCGGGCCGAGCUGGAUUUACACAGCGCCAUGAGAGACAGCAGGAAAGAGUAUUUCAUCUGACCUGUGACAUCAAACUUCACUUGAGUCGCUCUGACCCUGCCUGUGACGCCAACUCUGCGGACAGCAAGUGGGAAUCGACUGAGCCAAGUGGACACAGCCAGUGCCCUUCACCUUCCCAACCACUCUCAUAGCAUCCAGGAUUCAGGGAAUAGAUAUUACUAUUACAGAUAUUAGUGCCCUUAAUAGGCUCCCAGGCAGGGCGGGUGGUCAGAAUGGGUCAGAAUUGAGGCACGGGAAUGUUGGUACUGAAACUAAUACACCCCCUGUGCCACAGAGGCAAAGACCGGAUAACAUUUCUGCAUAAAAACGAUGACGGAUAUCUACGACUGCAACGUAAAAACCGAGCAAGCGGGAUUAUGAUGGAAAUAAACGGAUUGGCUUUGUCCUCAACGGAGUCUUAGUCGGCACCUUCCCGAGAGUUAAAAGAUCAGGUGGCUUCAAAGCUCUGGAGCUUUACACAAACAUGGCCUUCAGCCCUCGGCGGACGAUGGAGAAUCAAACGUUUGGAGCGACUCUCUUUUGCUUCUAGGGCUAAUUAUUUAACCACACAACAAAGAGAUUACGGAGGCGCGGACAUGCGAGUCACUCUGGCAGACAAACAAACGCUCGGUAUGCGGGCCGUGAAAAUCCACCCGGCUUUGGUGUUUUAUUAAUCCUACACGAAGUGCGAACUCGAUGUACUGAUGCAAAUAAAGAGGGUGAUGUUACCAGUGA